AUGGAGAACGGUCAGUUAGCUCAGAGCGGAGGUAAUGAUCCCUCUGUGUUUCUUAGUGAAAUUAUUGGAAACUCAGUAACAGUCAAACUUAAUAGUGGGGUUGUGUACAAAGGUGAGCUUGUGGCGAUUGAUGGAUACAUGAAUAUUUCUCUCGAAAAGUGUGAAGAACACGUCGAGGGAGCUAAAAAAUCAUAUGGCGAUGCAUUCGUACGAGGCAACAAUGUGAUGUAUAUUUCUGCAGAUUGA